UCUAAAGUUUUGGCGGCACUUGAAGUAACUCUCUAGUCAUGUCGGUUAACGCUGCUAGCAUGCUUACCCUCGGUGGAGAAAGGACGAGCGGCGAAUCUGUUCGCAAACAGAAUGUUCUCGCUGCUUGCUCAAUUGCUAACAUCGUUAAGACCAGCCUAGGUCCUGUCGGUCUUGAUAAAAUGCUGGUAGAUGACGUUGGAGACGUGACAAUCACUAACGAUGGGGCUACUAUUUUGAAGUUACUUGACGUUGAGCAUCCUGCAGCAAAAAUUCUUGUUCAGCUCGCGCAAUUACAAGAUGAAGAGGUUGGGGAUGGGACAACAUCUGUUGUAAUUUUGGCUGCUGCACUGCUCAAGAAUGCAGACGAACUGAUUUCUCGUUUUGUUCAUCCUACCAUAGUAAUCAAUGGUUAUCGGUUGGCCUGUCGAGAAGCUUGUAAGUACAUACAAGAACACAUGGCGUAUGAUGUAAAUAAGUUGGGUAAGGCUGGGUUAAUAAAUGUGGCACGAACCGCUAUGUCAAGCAAACUUAUCAAUUUAGAUGCUGAAAUGUUUUCACAAAUGGCUGUGGAUGCACUUAUGGCUGUUGAAGUCUCUGGAGGUCCCAAAGGUCCUGUUUAUCCCAUAAAAGCAGUUAACAUUCUGAAAGCCCACGGACGAUCAAUGUCAGAGAGCAUGUUGAUAGAUGGUUAUGCUCUGAAUUGCACAGUUGCCAGUCAACAGAUGCCUCGAACGAUAAAAAAGGCGAAAAUUGCCUUUCUGGAUUUCAGCUUACAAAAAGUUAAAAUGAAACUGGGAGUUCAAGUUGUGGUUAAGGAUCCUGCCCAACUGGAAGCUAUCCGUCAACGCGAAGCUGAUAUCACAAAAGAACGUAUACAAAAGAUUCUUAAUGCUGGUGCUAAUGUCAUUCUUACAACUGGUGGAAUCGACGAUUUAUGCAUGAAGUAUUUUGUUGAAGUUAAUGCUAUGGCUGUACGUCGAUGCAAAAAAGUUGAUCUGAAAAAUAUGGCAAAAGCAACUGGAGGUCAGCUUAUUGUUAGCUUAGCAGAUAUGGAAGGUGAUGAAGUUUUCGAUCCAACGAAGUUAGGAAAUGCAGAGGAGGUAUCUCAAGAACGCAUAUGUGAUGACGAAUUAAUUAUACUGAGAGGUCCUAAAGUUCAUCCAUCGGCAAGUAUCAUUUUACGAGGUGCAAAUGACUUUUAUGUCGAUGAAAUGGAACGAUCUCUACAUGAUGCACUUCUGGUGGUCAAACGAGUUCUGGAAAGCAAACGCAUUGUACCUGGUGCUGGAGCUUGUGAAACAGCAGUCUCAAUCUAUCUGGAAAAUUAUGCUUUAACCUUAAGUUCACGUGAACAGCUAGCUAUUGCUGAAUUCGCUCGAGCUAUGCUUUCUAUUCCGAAACAGUUGGCUGUGAAUGCUGGUGUCGAUUCAACUGAACUAGUUGCACGUCUACGAUCUUGUCACAAUUCAAGUCAAAGUAAACCUGACCAAGCUCAUUACAAGUGGUGGGGAUUGGACUUAAAUAGUCAAUAUGUGGCUGACUGCAAAGAAUUAGGUGUUUUUGAACCACUUGUUUCUAAAAUUAAAAGUUUAAAAUUUGCUACUGAAGCCGCUAUCACUAUUCUACGAAUUGAUGAUUUGAUUAAAUUAAAAGAAGAGAAACAACCUGAUCAUGAUGGUGACGAGUGUGGUUAUUAAUUGAAUUCGAUUCCGGUCAAUAUAUUUCUAUCGUUUGUUGGAAGAAAUAUAUGUGUUACAUAAUUUUAGAAUGUUUUAUGCUAAUUUGAAAUCAUCAGUAAAAGGUUAUGGAGAUUGUUGAGCGUAGAUUAAUAUCAUAAAUGAAUCAAUGUUAGACCACCAUUUAAAAUCUGGAAGCAAUGUACGUCCAAUCACUGUGCCAAAUAGGACAACAAGCUUCCUUAGCUAGGACUCUAGAAUCUCACGCCAUCGAUGUGUGCUGCGUCUCCGAAACGCGCAUACAGGACCCGAGUAGUGUCAUUCAUUUGACCUCAUCAUGUCAAAAUAAAGAACCGACUCGAUUCACGCUUCGGGUAUCUGGAAGCCCUGAUUCUGCUUCCUGUGGCCUCUCCGGCGUAGGUAUAUCAUUGAGUCCUAGGGCAGAACUAGCUCUCUUAGAGUGGAUCCCAGUAGACAGUCGUUUGUGCGCUGUCCGACUGAACGGAACAGUAAGGAUCCGGAAAGAUAGGGACACUCGUCAUUGCUUCUUCGUCAUCUCUGCGUAUUCUCCCACUGACUGCAGCUCAGAUGAUGUGAAAGAUGAGUUUUACAGAAAGUUCUUCGACCUUCUCCGAAAAGCUAAGCGCUCUGAUGUAGUAAUAUUGGCUGGUGACUUUAAUGCUCAAGUAGGUAAACUAAGCGGUAGGGAAAGACACCGUUUGUUGCAGCUAUGCUCAGAUAACCACUUGUUCCUUGGAAAUACUAACUUUAAGCAAAAGGAAAAACAUGUUUUAACAUGGCGAUCCCGUAAUUCGUCCCAACGUUGGACCCAAAUAGAUCACAUCGCUAUCAGCCACCGAUGGAGGGGCUCGAUAGAAGACUGUCGCUCAUUCUGGAGCACAUGCCUAGAUUCAGAUCAUGCUCUAGUGCGAGCGCGUAUCUGUCUGCGUCUUACUGGACGUAGGAAAGGCGCUGCAAGGAAACCUCUUAGGGUCCUACUUAAUGAUAGCCAAGCUAAGAGUAUAUUUCAGGAACAACUAGAAAAACAGUUAGGCAGCCAUGUAUGUGAUGCCCACCCCGAGGCAGCAUGGAAUGAUAUCCGAAAAGCUGUGGAAACAGCAGUGAUAUCUGCUAGUACGGUAAACCAUAAGGUCAGCGAGCAACACUGGAUCUCAGCAGCAUCUACCACACUGAUAGAUGCUCGAAAACUCAUUCCACCUGGCUCUGAACAUAAUGAAGAGCGGGGUCAGCUUAAGCGCAAGCUGACAAGAAUUCUACGCAAUGAUCGUGAACAGUGGUGGGUAGCGAAAGCAAGAGAGAUGGAAAAGACAGUGGAAAUAGAUAAUAGCAGACAAUUGUUCAGAAUCGUUAAGGAAACCGGAAUCAGGAACCCGACCGUUAGCGAAACAAUCUCAGAGAAAGAUGAACAUAAUAUUCAUUCUCAAUCCGGGAGAUUUGAUCGACGGGGAGAACACUUUAGGGAUCAGUUCAACUGACCUUCAGCCACACUUCGGUUUCCCACGAUCUCCAGUCGACCUGAAUAGCAAGUAAAUGUAGGUCCUCCGACUCUUCAUGAAGUUGGUAAAGCUAUAGGAAAUCUGAAGCGAGAGAGAGCAGCAGGCCCUGACAGGUUUACUCCUGAGAUUUUUAAGGAUGAUGGUCCAGUAUUAGCAGUGGGAUUAACUGACCACUCAAAGCAACAAUGCAAGCAUAUUCGGCAUAUGAUUCUCCCUCGAAAUGCAAAAUGUUGCUUCAGGAUUGGGUUGCAUUGACACCCGAACUAAUGAUAGGGAGUGAAGUAAUUGAGCGUGUCGAUCGCUUCACUUACCUUGGGAGUGUCAUCAGCCCUUGUGGUCUGGUGUGUGACGAAAUCUCAGCACGGAUACAGAAGGCUCGACUAGCUUUUACCUACUUGCGUCAUUUAUGGCGUAGACGAGGUAUCCGUCUACCAACCAAAGGACGUGUUUACUGCGCAGCAGUUCGUUCCGUCCUACUCUAUGGCAGUGAAAUAUGGCCGGUAAGAGUAGAGGAUAUUCGUAGGUUACUAGUAUUUGAUCAAAGGUGUCUUCGAAGCAUUGCUCGCAUAUCCUGGAACCAUCUAGUAAGUAACACAGUUGUUAGGAAACGGGUACUAGGUAAGGAUGGCAAAUCAAUUUAUGAAGUAGUGAAACUUAUCAGUUGAGAUGGCCAGGACAUGUGUUACGUACGCCCAACGACCGACUACCUCGACGUGCGAUGUUCGGUGGUAUAGGAGUAGGUUGGAAGAAAGCUAGGGGCGGCCAAACCAAAACAUGGCACAAGUUCAUGAAGUCACUGAAAAGUGGACUCAGCUAUGUUGGUAGGCGUAGACUACCUGGUUGGGGACCACGAGAUGAAAGCAACCGAUGGUUAGAGACCCUGAAUGACAUGGCUCGAAAUCGUUCGCAAUGCAGCAGGUGCAUCCACUCUCUGUUUUCUCCCAAAUUCUAAUCUUCUGAAUUCUUCAUGUCCCUUUCCUUUUUCUCUUUCCAAAUUUGUUUCACUGGAUUACACUCCUUGAAUAACAUCUUCAAACCCUAAUUUUUCCGAUUACUGCUUAUACUUUUACUACCUCUACCACUAUGAGAUUUGAAUGGAGAAUUUAUCUGUGUGCUAAUGUUGUAUGGCAAGUGGAACUGGUGCACCGACGUACGAAGUUCUACAUUGUUGCUGACUGACUGUCUGGGCUCCAUGAUCCUGAAGGAACAAAUAGCGUAUGAACCCAUUGUUGGUCACCGGCUACCAUUAGACUGCAUUUUUUAACGUUGUUCUACUGCCUUGCGAAUAAGAAAACCACCAGUUUCUGUUUGGGCACCCGGGUAGUAUCACGACCUACACACAAAUCAAGUGACUUGUGUUGCUCAUAUGCAUUCAGUACCGUUUUGUACUAAUAUUCAUGUAUUCAAACAAAUAAUCAAGGAGAAAAUUCGAUUCAUUGACUACUGAAAUAUUGACUUCCUUAUGCAUACAAAAACUAAAUCAUUUCGGGUACAUUUCAAGUAUUUUAUGUUUUACAAUAAAUGAGUUUAGACUGCUAAAUAGUUUUCAUAUGAAUAUCUGUGUAAAACAUUGGAGAUCUAAGUGAUUAUUGAUUAGAAAGUGUUUGUUGAUUCCUUUUUUUCCGUCCAUAAAUAAUAAAGUUUAAUGAAUAUUUAUAAAGAAAAUUAUCAUUAAUCCUGUGUAUUUUCACAUUGGUCCAUUAAAUCCAUGAUUUUGUCUUACUACAUUACUAGGCAUAUUCAUGUUAACUGUCAUUGUUUGAUAUGUUGGAGCGAAUGCACCGAAUGCACCACCCAUAUUCGGUGGUAUCAUACCAUAUCUAGCAUAAAUAGGAUGUCGAAUUGUUGAUGUUUGUUGUUGUUGUUGUUCAGCUUCUGCUGCGGCAGCGGCAGCUGCAGCUUCUUUAGCAGCUUUUUCAUCCAUCUCUUGUGCAAGUGCAGCUUCUCGUUCACGUCGUUUCCUACUACGUGAUUUACAUAACAUUAAUUUUUCAUGAUUAAUUAUACAGAAUGCAAUAAUUAUACCAAUGGUUAAUAAUAGUACAACAAUUAAUAAACAAGCUGAUAAUACAGAAGGUGGUAAAUAUAUUUCUUCUUCCAUUGGAUUAUUGGUCUUUCUUCGUCUUGUCUGUAAUGUAUUUAUCGUUAAUCGACGAAAUGGGCAACGUUCUAAUGCUUGAUGUGAGCUAACUUUAUCCGAUGUAGUUGGUAAACCCUAGUUUUGAAAAUAAAGGACGUUCAAUGUGUUAUGAAUGCAAAUGUAACCACAGUAAUAAUAAUUUAAGUCAAAAGGAAAAACACCAUUGUCGUACUCAAAUCAAUCACCUGUGAGUUGUUAUCUAGAUGCUUCAAUAAAUUUGAUAUUAUUAAGUUAAAGCCGACUAACGUUGACAUAGGUUUCGGAGUAAGUGGGACUCGUCAGCAAAGCUUAUUUGCUAUCGUAUAGAAAAUUAUGUAUUUUGGCAGAUUCUAACCGAUAUCACCUAGUAUUAAGAUUAGAUACUUAACAGCUGAACUGUUCGACUAACUGUUCAUUUCUGUAGCGUUGAGAUGCUCACGCUGAUUGACCACCGAUUUGUAUUGCUCGGUAUCGAUCUCUGUUUAUCAACUUGAGAUUUAUGCGUUAGUGAAAGUGGCAUGACAUUGGAGUUCACUGAGUUUGUUAUUGGAUAGUUAGGAGUAAGUGAAAAGUCAAUCCCCUAUUAAUAAAACAGUAUGGUACUAUGAUGCUCUUUGAUUGAUUAAAAAAGUCAAAUAACUGUUAUUCGAAAUUGUUUAACAUAACUUGGGUCGAUUAAAGUUAGACAUUAACACCAUUGGAUGCUGGUUAAGUUGUCUACAGGUUGGGCGUUCGCGCGCGAGACCGAAGGUUCUGGGUUCGAGUAGUGGAUGCGCACUACUGAGGAGUCUCAUACUAUGGCGAGACGGUCGUCCAGUGCUUCUAGGUUUCCAAUAGUAGUCUAGCUUAAAUUGACUCAUAAAUUCAACUAUUAGCAUAACUUGAAUUUAGACGAGAAGUAAAUCAUUCACCAGCUACUGUUAUGAAUUAUGAAUAAAUAAUUGUGUUCACUUUGUAAAACGAUAGAGAAAUAAAAGUUUGUCAACAAAUGUGUAAUUACGACCUGAUUUGUUCUUAGGUAAGGUAGGAUUAGUUACCUCUCACAUUCUCUGUUCUCAAUGUGCUUACAAAUUUCAUUAUAAUUAGUAACAAUACACUAUCUCAUCAAUUGGUAUUCUGGCUUGUGAAUAUUCUCGACUAAACUAAAAAUAUUGACAGGAGAAUUGGCCUGCUUAAACACUCAGUAAACGGAAUAUCAUCUAUUGGAGUAAAAUGGAGAGGAAUUGAUGUCUACAAUAACAUUCAUGUCUCCCAUUGUCACAGUUAGUUAGUACUUUAUCCUACUGAGAUGUUUAAAUCAUAACUAUUAUCUUUCCAUUAAAUUCAACAAACUAUUUUGCAAUGAAGAAUAUUUGUAGCUCAGGAUGAGAAUUUAAAAGGUGUUUUAUACUUUGAGCAGAGCUAGUCAAUUAUGGAGAAAUUUUAGUAACUCACUUCUUUUGAAAAAAAUGAGCUGAUGAUAUUGCAAAGAAAGCCAGUGAAAGCUUGACAAUUCAACUAUCCAGCCCAAGGAACAGAAUACUCUAGAAAACAAUCUAUUUAGUUGCAUUAUAAGCAGAGAUGAAUGGUGGCUAGCCGUGGAAUCCAGGAUGUAUAUUUCAUUUUAUUUAGGGUUCGUCAGUUAUAUAUAUACAUCCUAGAGUUGAUGUUCCAGCAGAAAUGAUUGAUCAAUUGCAAUCCUUAACAUCAUUUGAUAAAUUCAAAUAAUCAACACAAACUGCGCGAGACUGAUAGGCCCUGGGUUCAAAUCUCGCGGGGUGCGGGAUCGUGGAUGCGCACUGCUGAAGAGUCCCAUACUAGGACGGAACGGCCGUCCAGUGCUUCCAGGUUUUCCAUGGUGGUCCAGCUUCAAUUGACUCAUGACUUCAACCAGUGAAAUUUCUAAAAUCUCCACAAAACCCAUUCUCACAAAUAAAUAGAUUACUAAAUAGUUCAAUGAUAACAACAGAAAUAAUUAACUUACACUUGGUGAAAAUUGACAAUCUACAUUUGAUGUAAUAUUAGCUGGUUUAUGUUGAACAAUAAAUGGACAUGAUUGAACUUCUUCAUCACUUUGAAAUUCUGUUAUAUGAUGAAUAUCAAGUGGUUUUGGUGGUAAACGUUCUCUUUUUAAUCCAGUUAAUGAACGAAAUACAACUUGUGUUAAUUUAUUACUAGCAAAACGUUCAGUAUCUUCAAA